CCGAGCGGUCGAGGUGGAGGCAGUCAGCCUGCGACAGAAAAACAAGCGAGCACAACUCGAGUAGUAUUUCUUCACUCCUCGUGAGUUUGUCACAGUUUAUACGAACUCUCGAUUAAGCCGCUUUCAAUAGCCAAUGUGACUGUUUGACGCGGGGAAAGUUACUCCUUGUUUGGUGGCCGCGUUUCUGCUGGUUGGCGUCAAGUGUGUCGCGGUUUGUCCAUUCUCACUGGAGCCAACACGAAGGAAGACUCCAUGAAAGAUGACAGAGGAGGUGAUUGUUGUAGCCAAGUGGGACUACACGGCCCAGCAGGACCAGGAACUUGACAUCCGAAAAAACGAGCGUCUCUACCUCCUGGACGACUCGAAGACCUGGUGGCGAGUCCGCAACGCUGCCAACCAGACUGGUUAUGUCCCGUCCAACUACGUGGAGCGCAAGAACAGUUUGAAGAAAGGCUCGCUGGUGAAGAACAUUAAGGACACACUAGGCUUGGGGAAAACAAAACGGAAGACGAGUGCCCGCGACACCUCCCCGACCCCCAGCUCCGACACCGAGUAUCCCACCAAUGGCAGUGGAGGAGGUGGAGGGAUGGGUGGUGGCGCCGCGGAGAGGAUUUACGACCUCAACAUCCCCGCCGUGGUCAAGUUUGCGUACACGGCCGAGCGGGAAGACGAGCUGACCUUGGCCAAGGGCACCAGGGUGAUAGUGAUGGAGAAGUGCAGCGACGGCUGGUGGCGCGGCAGCCAGGCCGGUCGCGUGGGCUGGUUUCCUUCCAACUACGUGCAGGAGGAGGUGGGCGGAGCGGACGACCGAGCGGAGGGGGAGUUCACUCGAGGGGGCCUCAACGGAGGCUCUCAAGGGACAUUGCUGGCGAAUGGCUCCGCUGGAGGCCGCGGUGGAGUUCUGCACCUGGUCCAGACCCUUUACCCUUUCAGCUCGGUGACGGAGGAGGAGCUGAACUUUGAGAAGGGCGAGGUGAUGGAGGUGGUGGAGAAGCCGGAGAACGACCCGGAGUGGUGGCGCUGUAAGAACUCUCACGGCAUGGUGGGCCUGGUACCUAAGAACUAUGUGACGGUGCUGGACGAGCGGCCCGGCCCGCCGCUGUUGACGUCCAGCUCCCCGCAGCACCACCAUCUGGCGCCAGCCCGCUCGGGGAAGUUCGCCGGCAGGGAUUGGUACUACGGCAACAUCACCAGACACCAGGCCGAGUGCAUACUCAACGAGAAGGGAGAGGAGGGCGACUUCCUGAUACGAGACAGCGAGUCAUCGCCCAGUGACUUCUCCGUGUCUCUGAAGGCGGCCGGGAAGAACAAGCACUUUAAGGUGCAGCUGACCGAGGGCGUGUAUUGUAUCGGCCAGCGCAGGUUCAAUUCCAUGGAUGAACUGGUGGAACACUACAAGAAGGCGCCCAUCUUCACCAGCGAGCACGGAGAGAAGCUGUACCUGGUCAAAGCGCUGCUGUGACACACACACACACACACGCACCACACACUACUACACUGGAUGAUCUAAACACUUUCUAAUACACAAGUCAGACAACAUAUAAAGUCUUAAUCCAAGCCUUACAUCUGGACUCGUCUUUCUCAGUCCUUUCACUUGUUUCUGGCCUGGUGGCCAGGCGUGUGGCACUCUCCCACCCAUGGGUUCAACCUUCUCGUGCGUCCUCCGGUGUCAUCCAUGUGGAAGCAGUGGCAGCGACCACAUCUGCUGCUCACACACGGCCCCAGGCCUUGUCGGGGUCGAGCCCUUCUUCCCAUGUUCCAGCACGCACGACACCAUUUGCUCUUAGAAUACACUGCAGCUCAGCAACCUAUGAGGGACCUGAAAGAAAAAAACAAUGUUUUAUUUUCUUUAUUUAUUUUUAAAGAUUAUAUGUAGGUGUUCCUCUUUUUUCUUUUUUUUUUUUUUUUUAAACACACUAAUUUAAAAUCCUCUCUUGAAGCUCACCAAGUGACCAGAAUCACUCUCUUGCCUUUGCUUCCCAGACAUCUGCCAUCCUCGUUUUUGUCGAGCUGCCUUUCACCCCUCACUGCAAACAUGAUGAGAACACAAGGCUGGAUACAAGACUUCAGUAGUAGAUGCAAUAGAGUCAGGAGACGUCAGAUUUCCUCUAGUCUGAAUGUUUAUCAGUGUAACCAAAUGUGCCACCCUGACCCCGCACCCCGGGCAGGUCUGCACCAACUACACUUAAGAUCCAUAGUGUCGCGUCGAGACCUCUCCGAUAUGUGUCUGUAGCUACGUGAGGAUAGUGACUGAAGAGUAUUGACCACACUUUCCAUGAUCUACACUUCAAAGAUAAAGUGGUGUAUUUCAGAUAUUCAUUCAUCUUUGUGAUUUGGAAGCAGAACUGCUGUGAGAUUUCUGACAUAGAUUUAUAAAUCAUGACGACGGUGUAGCCAUUUAAAAACCUUUUUAAUCACAAGCCAAAUACACCUUCACCCGGUUUGUAACAAUAAACUUCUAGUCCAACCAAA